AUGUCUUUGCAGUGGGUCCGUCGCGCAGGUGUGCUUCGGCACCUGCAUCUCGGUGAUGCGAUGGCUCGUCCUAGUCGUGUGACCGGAUUACAGAACCAACUUCGCCGUCUAUGUCUCUCCAGCCAACCUAGACUGACUCCGCUGGUCGGAGCUCUCUCUACCAUCACAUCCCAGCAGUCUCACUCAUAUGCGACUGAUGCCUCUCGCCCUAAGCCCAAGAAAUCUACCAAGGCCACCGCUGGCACGCGCAAGAAGAGCACAGCACCAAAAAAGAAGCGCGAGUUGACAGAAAAGCAGAAGGAAGCUAAGGAGAAGAAGAAGCAACGUGAUCAUAUCAAACAACUCAAGGAAACUGCACUGGAGACCCCAAAGAAGCUCAUUGCGGCCGGCCACCGUCUUGCUUUCCAGUCAAAAUUUGCCGAGCUCCGACCUCAUCACUCGGACAUUGUGGAGACAUUCAGCGCUGCAUCCACGGCUGUUAAGAAUAUGACUGCCGAUGAAUCUGAACGAUUCCAAAACCAAGCCGAGGAAAAUCGUGCUGCCAACGAGGCCUCUCUUGCGUCAUGGCUCAAGCAACUUACCGGCAAGCCGGCUCGCCUCAUCGUCGAUGAUCGUCUGGUGAAGCGGCCGGUGUCUGCCUUUUUCUGGUUCAUGAGCGAGCGCAAAGCGUCCGGUGAUCUCAAGUACAUGCAGACACCCGAAGUCGCGAAGCAGAUCGCACAGGAGUGGAAUGACAUGACUGAGACUGAGAAAGCACAAUACCAGAAGAUGCAGGCGGAUGACAAGGAGCGGUACAUUCGUGAGCACAAGGAGGUAUACGGCAUGGAUCCUAAGCGCACCAAGCAGGAUUAA